UCCGGGAGUGGAUAGUGACCAGUAGUGUAUUUUAUUUUAAAUUGUGUUAUGUUCUUAAAAGAUAAUGAAGUCUUGCAUAUUUUAUACAAAUUUAACUAGUUAUUGUUUGUCAGCACCGUUAUAUAUUGCGCCUUUAAGUUAGGCCUGUUCUUCAAUAACAAAUUAUGUAUUAAAAUUAUACUAAACAUGUGCGAUUAUUUAAAAAAUUGACUUAUAACAGCUAUAAUAUGCUUAAAGAAAUGUGCUGCCAUGAUUGAAAUGUAUUGAUACAAGUUUAUGAUGUCUCUCGUCGACUUGGGCAAGCGACUCUUGGAGUCGGCCAAGCUCGGCGAGACAGAAGAGGUUCGAAUAUUAAUGACAAAUGGAGCUCCAUUUACUACUGAUUGGUUAGGAACUUCUCCUUUACAUAUGGCAGCUCAGUAUGGGCAUCUAGCUACGGCUGAAGUUCUAUUGAGAGCUGGUAUAAGUCGAGAUGCAAGAACGAAAGUUGACAGAACUCCUUUGCAUAUUGCUGCUCAAGAAGGUCAUCUGGAUAUUGUUGAACUUUUAAUUAGUCAUGGAGCUGAAGUUGAUGCCCGAGAUAUGCUGAAAAUGACACCUUUGCAUUGGGCAACGGAACGGGGCCAUUAUCAUAUUGUUAAAACAUUGCUCAAAAACUUUGCUGAUGUUCAUGCAGUGAGUAAAUUUGAUAAAACUCCUUUAGAUAUAGCAGAAGAUAAUCAGUACCCAGAUUUAAUAGAAUUACUAAAACAACAUGCAGCUACUCCAGCUAGUGUGAAACCUUUAAAACAGUAUACUGCACUUAAAGCAAAAGUAGUUCCCUUAAAUCAGACAACUGUAAAUUCACCUACUCAGACUAUUAAAACAACUAUACCUCUAAUAAUCAAAUCAGAAGUAGCAUCCACUAUAAAGACAGCUGCUACAAGAACUGUACCAACAGUUCAUACAGUUACUCCAUAUACUCCAGUAACUGAAACAAUCACAGUUAGUGGAACUGCUAAUAGUAAUCCUGUGAAAUCGCCAACUAUUACAAAGCCAGUGUUUCUUCGAGCUAAUUUAGCAAAUAUUCAAAAAGCAGCUGCAGCUAGCACCAGUGGAAAAGCUGCAUCAUCCAGUGCCAGUGAUUCCGAAGAAGGUGAAACAAGUGAGCAAAGUUGUACCAAUGUUCUUGCCACUUUAGCUGCUUUGGCAGAAGCUACUGCUCCUAAUGCAACAAUAUCAACAUCUGAGGCUUUGCAAUGGCUAGAAAUGAACGGUAUUCCUAUGUUACCAACAGAUAACAGUACAGUUGUUGCUUCUGCUUUAGAAGGGGGACAGACUGUGUCUUUGACAGAGGCUGGAAAACUGGCACUGACUUGGGUCAAAGAGCACCAAAAUUUAAACAACUCAGUUGACAUCUCCUCAUCCAUUUCAGAAACUGAAGACACAGUUGUUACAUCUUCAUCCUCCACAACAAGCCAGAAAGUGAUUACCAUUGUGACAGACCAAACUCGUUUACCGUCCAUUAUAUCAUCUCAACAGACACCAAUUGUUGUUCUUAGCAGCCCUACUGUGUCAGCAAAAAGUGCAAGUCCACCACUGAAGAAACUGAAAACAAAUCCAGUAAAAAAAGAGGAAGUUAAUGUUGUUGCAAAUGGGACUGUAACUAACUCGCUUCAUUUGCGGAAGAAUGUGAAUAUACAAUGGCAAAGAUGUGUUCUCUCACUCCAGGCGCCACUUAUAACGAGCGGGGUUGUUGGUAUACUUGCAGAAUCAAAGCCGAGUUUGAAGUUUUCACUGGUACAAAAGUAAACGGUUCUCCUUGCAAAUCAAUUAUAGGCGGUGUGGAUGGAAUGUGUACAAACUCUGCAGUCAUCAAACCCUCAACAGGAGAGAAGACGAGCUUUGAUUCAAGAAUUAUGUAUUAUCUUAUUGUUCUUUGCUGGUGAAAACUUGCAAAUUUUAUUAGAAAGUUUAAGUUAUUAUUGGAGAUCCAUUCCCGAUGCAUUCAUCACUUGCGGGGAAAUAAAACGCUUUUGUCCAGCACUGAAAAGCAUCAGCUGCGGCUACGAUAACUUCAAUAAGUGCUACAACUUCCGACAGACAUGUUCUAUGGAUACCCCUCAGCCACGAGACCUGCGCCAUUAUUCCCGAUGUGUGAUCAGGGACGCUUUAAACUGUAAUUCCAUGUUGCCCGAUGGGAUUUCUGCCUUAAAUCUCCCAAAUCGUGUGCAGUCAUACUUACGAUUAGAAUUUUAACUGUUAUACAGCUAGAGGAAGUUUCAUUUGUAAUACGGAAAAAAAAUAUAUUUACUAAAGUGUGUUU